AUCCAUUUAUUGGUUCAGUUGGGUUUUACAUAUAUUUAUAAAUUAUUCCAACAAAUCACGACGCGUAUUUCAUUUUAAUCUUAUCUAUGGACUUGUAAUCCUUGGACCGGACUUGAGUUAAUUAUUUCUUCCAAAAUUACAUUUGAUAAAAGGAUGCUUAAUUGUUAAUAAAAUAAACAAAGAAUAUUAGCAGUUAAUACUACUUUCUUUAUAUUUUUUAACUCUGCUAUAAAGUUGACUUUUCCACUUAAAAUUAAAAUGUGGCAACAAAUAUCCAGAAAAACAUCCCAAAUCAAGCAUUUAAAAAAUUUUGUAAGGCAUUUGAAUUUAUUGGAAUAUCAAAGUAAAAACCUUCUCAGGGAAAAUGGAGUAGCUAUCCAAAAUUUUUGCCUAUUAGAUAAAGAUGAUAAGUCGCAACUCAGUAAAUUUGAUGUUGAAGAAUAUGUUAUUAAAGCACAAAUUCUAGCAGGAGGAAGAGGUAAAGGUCAUUUUGAUAAUGGCUUCAAGGGAGGAGUUCACAUUACCAAGAAUAAAAAUGACAUAAAUAAUAUUAUAAAUCAGAUGCUUGGCCAUAAUUUAAUAACUAAACAAACUCCCAAAGAUGGUAUUCCAGUGAAAAAAGUCAUGAUUGCUGAAAGUGUGAAUAUUUUAAGAGAAACAUAUCUGUGUAUUGCAAUGGAUCGUGGUUCUAAUGGGCCAGUUAUUGUAGCUUCACCAGCAGGUGGAGUUGACAUAGAAGGAGUUGCUGAAAAGACACCACAUCUCAUAAAAAACAUCCCUAUUGACAUAUUCGAAGGAAUCACCAAAGAGAAAUCAGAAGAAAUAGCUGAAUUUCUCGAGUUUAAGGGUGUAUUGAAAAAUAAGGCUGCUGAGGAAAUCCGAAAAUUAUACAAAAUGUUUCUACAAUUGGAUUGUACCCAACUAGAAAUCAAUCCUCUAGUGGAAACUGAUAAAAAUGAAGUUAUUUCAGUAGAUGCAAAAUUGAAUUUUGACGAUAAUGCUAAAUUCAGGCAGAAGCAGGUAUUUGCAUUAGAAGACGUUACAGAAAGUGAUCCUAGAGAAGUGGAAGCAGCCAAAUAUAAUCUCAAUUACAUCGGAAUGACUGGAAAUAUUGGAUGUUUAGUUAACGGAGCUGGUUUAGCCAUGGCUACAAUGGACAUCAUAAAAUUGCAUGGGGGAGAUCCAGCUAAUUUCUUGGACGUUGGAGGAAGUGUUAAAGAAGAACAAGUGGCUGCUGCUUUUAAAAUUCUAACUGCAGAUGAGAAAGUGAAGUCUGUUCUUGUUAAUGUUUUUGGCGGUAUUGUAAAUUGUGCAACAAUUGCGAAUGGCAUAGUGAAUGCCAUGAAAUCAAUGAAACUGAACAUACCACUUAUUGUAAGGUUAGAAGGAACAAAUGCACAAGAAGCUAGAAAGAUAAUCAACUCUUCAGGUUUGAAUAUACAAGCAGCUCAAGAUUUGGAUGAUGCUGCCCAACAAGCUGUAAAAAGUAUUUAAACACUAUAUGCCUUUUUGUAAGAAUUUAUUUAGGAUGGCUAGUCAAAAUUUUUAUAAAAUGUAUAGAUGUAGAUUUAUGUCAUUUGAAUGCUAGGACAAUAAACUCCAGUCAUUUUGCAGGAGAUCAUGUUCCAAUAUUUUUGUACACUAUAUAUAUAUAUAUAUAUA